AAGUAGCUGUGAUGUACUCGAAAGAGAAGAAGGCCUGGUUUGAGGUGAAGCCAAGAGAUCCUAGGCUAGGAUCCAAAAUCCUACCAAAGGUGUGUCUAUCGGGGGAUACUUGCCCGCGUACUAACUGCAUGUUUCCACAUAUCAAAGAAGAAAUGCAACUCUGGCAGUACAUGUGGACACACCAAUUGCAAACGUUGGAUGAAGUCUUGUCAGCAAGAAAAGGAACACCACAAGAGACGAAGAACAAGCCAACGACGACAUCUUCACUAGCUGCACAACCGUCAGUUUCCCAUCAAUCCAUCCCAUCUAAAAGACAAAAAGAAACUGUCCCCAUCGCCGCUACAGAACCUGCUAUCCCGAGUUUUAAGCAUGCCAUGAAGUAUAUCUGCGGUCAAUGUUUUACACUCUACGGUGAUGAGCAAGUGGGGCGAGCUGACAGUAAUUCACCCAAAUGUGCUGGUGCACUUCCCCACUUGUGGGAACCAAGCAAGGUGGUAGUAAUGUACUCAAAGGCAAAGAAAGCUUGGUGUAAAGUCAUGCCAAGACAUCCCAAAUUAAGGGCAUCGGUCCAACCUGUAUUGUGUCAGCACAGUGGAGCUUGUCCACGACCCAACUGCAUGUUUCCACGCAUCAAGGAAGAAUUUGAUUUGCGGGUGUACAUGGCCAAGUACAAAUUGACGACCCUCGAUGACGUCAUGCCAUUUCUGAAGCAAGUAACUUCUCCUCAGUUACACUCGUCCGCAAAAGCUCGACCAGUCCAGCAACAAACAAGUGCCUCUACUGCUGACAUCGUGCCAGCAAGAAUCCAUCAACUAGCAGCGGCAACCAGGGAAAAGCCUGAAAGAAAUUCCUCCGCUGCUUUCAAGUCAUCAGCCUUCACAAAUUUAGAUGAAGUAGUGUUCGCCGGGCGUGCAUCCUCUGACGUCACGUCAGAAACACUCCCAUCUAAGUCGCAGCAUGACAAACGACCCCCUCAACCUCAGUAUUGCUGCACGUACUGCGAUAAAUCUUACCUGCACCAAUGGCAGCUUCAUCAGCACAUCCAAACCAUGGAUCAUUGGUCAAAGGUCAACUCAGACGAAGACAAGAAAGACCAGUGGAAGCAUCGCAGCCCGCCCUGGAAUGUCGUCAACGGAGAUUACCAAGAAUGUUCAGAGAAUAAUAAUGGUAGAUGCGUGUUCACCGACUGCACCAAAGCGCAUAGUGCCGAAGAGCUGGAGGAAUGGAAGGAAAGACAUCGGUAUCGAAUGAUGAAAGUGAAGAAAGCCAAGGAGUGCAAGUUGUACGCAUUCAUGGACGAAGUUCUCGUUAAGUUCAACUUCUCUGCCUCACAAGGGAAGGACGUGAUUGCAGAGCGCUUACCUGGAGUCCGCAUUGACUGUUCUGAGGAUCUCGUCCAGUUUCUAGAUGCAGAGAGGAAGGACAGGGACUCGGCAUACACGUGUGCCUGGUCAUUUGCCCUUGACCUCAAGGUCUCAGAAAAUAUAUUCCUGAAGCGUGUGUGCUUGUUCUACGACGACAACAGACUCUACUUCAGGUUGUCCCAGCCUGCUAAUGAAAGCGAGGCUCAGGUGUGUCCUGGCAACCUGAUUGUAGAGGAGGACAGGAGGUCAUAUCGGAUUGACGUCAUCUUUCGCUCUCAGGUCCUCGGUCGCUUCUCCCAGUGGGUCCUCUUUGACCUGGGUACUGAACCGUAUCUUGUCCAGAAACUUCAGGUCCUGGUUGGAUUGCACACACCGCACGACAAAUCCGAUGAGAUAAGUGGGGAAAAGAAGACAUUUGAGCCGUGGACUGACAGGAACUCGGAUAUUGUCAGAUUCUCCAAAGGCGACCGACAACCUUCAACUAGUAAAGAGCAGCUGCUCAACGACUAUGAAGUACCAACGCCACUCGGUAUUGAAGAUCUAGGGGAGUUGAGCCGGGACAACUACAGAGAGUACAUGCACACAAUGCUGUACUUGGAGGAACAGGAGUAUAAUAUCAAGAUAUCAAAGUUUGCCUCGGAGGGCAGAUUAGAAUGUUUCGAACAAAGCCUGUUUGGCAAGGUUGAUUUGAAGAGUGCACUGAUGGACGACUCGGAGAUCGCUCAAAUCAUGGAGAUAAACUUGCGCAAGAUAAUGAUGCUGAAAUUCCCAAACUCGGAGAAGGUGUAUGAAGCCAUCAUAUUGGACGCACAAAAUGGCUUUGGGAAGCAAACCCAAGACAAGCUGUAUAUCAAGCUCAGUUCAACAUGCGUGAAGGAGAUGGACCUCAGAUGUGAAACUGAAUACCGGGUUGAGAUUCAACUUCAGUUGGAUCGGUCCCUUCUCUGCUACAUGCAUUCGGCAGUUGAUCACCUACAGAACAUGAAUAUGGUGUUCCCACCUGUAGCAAACCCAGACAGGCUUCCACUCGUUGACAAAGUAGAACAACCAGACACGGAUUGUCACCAGGAAAGAGCUAUUAGAUUCAUUUGUCAGCACAGAGGCGAGAAAGCAGAUCCAUCGUAUGGUGAUGGACCCUUGCUUCUUUGUGGACCGUUUGGAACAGGAAAGACUCAUACUAUGUCGACGGCAGUGAGGCGUACCUUAAAGGAACGUCCGGACAGUAAGAUUCUCAUCUGCACGCACUCCAACAGUGCUGCAGAUUUAUACAUCACCGAACAUCUGCACAAGUUGGUGGAAGCUAAAGAAAUCAAGCAGAUGACUCGUGUCUACGCAAGGAAUCGACACAUCAAAACCAUUGGUGACAUCGUCCUAAAAUACACCAAAGUUGCAAACUGUAAGGUUCAGACACCAACCGUGAAGGAAAUCAAAGCAAGUAGUGUUGUGAUUACGACUCUCACUACGUCUUACAGCCUUCAAUCGUCGGAGCUAUAUGGUCACUUCACCCAUAUCUUGAUAGACGAAGCGGGACAGGCAUUGGAGACGGAGGUACUGCAACCUUUGACCUUUGCUACAGGAAGUACCUGCGUAGUUCUGGCAGGAGAUCAUCUACAGAUGAGCCCUAAGGUAUUUUCUCGCACUGCUCGCCAUGCUAAGUUCCACAUUUCUCUCCUGGAGCGUCUAUUCUACCUGAAGGCGGCCAGAGUUUUGCUGGCUUCAAACUAUCGGACCUGUCAGAAGAUGCUAGACUUCAUCUGUGGGUCAUUUUACUAUGGAAACCGCACAAGCCGCAACUUGAAAGCAGUCGGUGAACAUGAGCCGCAUCCGAGAUUCAAUCAUCCUAUGAUAUUCUUCACGGUAAAAGGAGAGGAUGAGAGGAUGGGCAUGUCGUACGUCAACCACUUCGAGGUAGCUAAGAUAGUGUCAACUGUGCGAGACCUGCUUCACGACUGGCCCGAGGAUAAGUGGGGGAAACAAGGAGCUAACUGCAUCUGUGUGGUGGCAUCAUAUAAAAUGCAGAUACGGCAAAUUCGUACUCAACUUCGAAAAGGAGGGAUGGGAAGCAUAGAUGUAUUACCUGUGCAGAGUGCCCAGGGGAAACAGUAUCGGGUGAUGAUCAUUAGCACGGUAAGAACACGAAGCACCCUGAACAAAGCCGACACAACGGCAUUUGUUUCAAAGAUAAGCCCGGCCAAUCACCCAGACGACACAUUCGACUACGGCUUUCUGUCUGACCCCCGACUCCUCAACACAGCGUGUACUCGAGCACAAUCUCUUCUGAUAGUUGUAGGUGAUCCUUCGACCUUGUGCUCUGUAGGUGAUUGCUCCAAGAUAUGGCGAAGGUACUUGAAAGAUUGCGAGGACAACAAAACACUGCUUCCACUGGGGACUACUAUCGCAGGAAUCCAACAAGAGAUGGAAGCAGCUAAACAGCGUUUGAACCCUUCGGCCCCGCUCUACCAGCCUGCUUCUGAAUCAACCGGCAAGCUUUUUCCAAAGGUUCAUUCAUCAGAAGCCAACAAACCGAACUACUCACCAGAGCCUACAGCAUCGAAGCCAGUUAAUGAUCCAUGGUUGCCCGACGAUGAUACAAUCCUCUCCGAUGGCAUCAUGCGAGAACUGUACAGGCAGAUAAGCCACGAUGAGCGUAGACGAAACGAGUCAGAGGAGGAUCCUUGUGUCGAGCUAGGCGAACCCGAUGAUGCCGAAGUCGAAAGGGAAGUGUCUCUUAAAUGGAAAAGGAAGCCUCCUAAGUUUCGGAUGAUACGGGAAAGCGAUCGCAUAGUUCUAGAUAUCAAGUUUGCCGAUGGAGACAAGAGGGGGGCUGAUGAAUCCGAGGAGUCAGAUUCUGGCGAAGGUUUGAGAAAUGACAAGCAUGACGAAAGAAAACGCCAAAACGCUUACAAGCAAGUUGAACAACGUCCAGACAUAUUCAAGAUCUGUUCUUUCCAUUGUGACGAGUCCGGGCACACAUACGCCAUCCCGCUUGAUGAGGGAAUGUGUGGGAAAAUUUACAUCACCAGCAAAAGACGACGGGGAAGAGCCUUGAAUUUAGAUGAGGUUAUCGUGGAAAUAGUCAACGCGGACGAAUCUGUGGUCUCAGAAAGCAAGAACAAAUACGGGAAGGUCAUAUGCGUGUGCAAGAGGGCAGCUGGAUCCGCUCUCACCUCGAAAGUAGUUUGUUGGCUUGACGAGCAUAUAGACAGGCAAAUGGUUCCGGUUGAGCGCACUCUCCCCAAGUUCUUUGUCUUAAGUCGAGAUGAAAAGAAAAGAGGGAGCACAAGUACUAGUCGUGCAUCGCCGGACCUUCGUACCGUGUCUAUCUACCGUUACAGUAGAGAACUUCAGGAAGACUCGCCCUUUGUGAGGAAUGUGAAGGUGUCCAGGAGAGAUCGAGCUCACAAGCUCUUCGUCGUUGAAUAUCUGAAAUGGUUUGCCAAAGAUCCUUAUCCAAUGGGUGUGGUUACGGAAGAGCUCCCGCAAGCAGAUUGCAAAGAAACGGGCCUUCGCAUUCUGAAGCUCAUUUAUGGAGUAAAGGAUGACUGGAAAUCUGACAUAAUUGAGGAGGUGGAGAGCCAGUUUCCAGAUGAUUGGGAGAUUCCUGAAGCUGAAAUUCAGUCAAGAUGUGACGCCCGAAAUCGAUUCGCCUUUACAAUUGAUCCCCAAGAAAGCCAAGACCUCGAUGACGCUCUGAGUGUAGAUUAUGUGGGAGGAAACUAUCAAAUCGGCAUUCAUAUUGCCGAUGUGUCUUACUUCGUGCCUCAUGGUAGCAAGCUGGAUAAAGAAGCAAGAGCGAGGGCUACCUCGUUCUAUCCACAUCGUGCUCUCGCCAAACCAAUCAAUAUGCUCCCUCCACAGCUUAGCAACAAGUUAUGCAGUCUGCUGCCUCAAAAAGAUAGACUUACCAUUUCAGUCUAUGCCACCCUAGAUGCAAAGGGGAAUUUGGUGGGUGACCCUGAUAUUGAGCGGUCCGUGAUUCGUUCCCGCCAUCAGCUGAGCUAUGAUCACGUAGAAGAAAUCAUCAUGUCGACAAGCAACAAGAGAAACAACAACAUAACCAUCACAGAAAAAAUCUUGACAUUAAAUGAGCUAGCGAAAGAGAGAAGAAGGAUCCGUCUGGGAGUGGGUCGGUUUGCUUUCUCACAUGAUGCUGAAGAAGACGAGGUUCAACAUCUAGUGGCGCAUUCUUUGGUAGAAGAAAUGAUGCUCCUUGCCAAUGAGGCCGUGGCCAUUUAUCUUGUGAAGGUAUAUCCCGACUGCAGCCCACUCAGAAGGCAGCUACCUCCAAGUGACGAAAAUGUUGAAGAAUGGUUGAAAAAUCACGCCCAAGACCUUGCAAACAGUUUGGAACUCCAGUCGAUACGUUUCCAAAAACGUUUCCAAAAAGAGGUUCAAAAUGAAAUUGACGUGUACGUUCUGAAAGAAAAGUGGAACCAACUGCGUUCAGCUGUCGAUAAGCAAGACAAUAUUACUACGAUCACCGACUUAAUAACCAGCGAUGAAAACCACCCGCAGCUUGCCGUGGCCAGAACAGACUUAUUUAUCAUGCAAGAAAAUGCCGACUACAUCAGCACCGGAGAACAUCCAGACACAUCUAGGAGAGGUCAUCACUCGCUGAACAUGCCAGUCUAUACUCAGUUCACAUCACCGAUCCGUCGGUACUUUGAUAUCGCCGUACAUCGAAUGCUGAUUGCUGCCAUUAAUGACGACAAAGCUCGAAGCACUCUGCAUCAGUCAGAGCGACCAUAUAACACUGAUGAGCUUUCAGCAAUUUCUCAUCACUGCAACAUACAACGACUGAAUUCACAAGCUUUUGAGAAGAAGACCCGUGCCCUCCAGUGUGCUCUGAGGCUUCGAGAAGCCCCUCAGUCGUUCGAGGUAUUUGUUGGUGGAUUUUCUGACGCGAGUCUGGAACUGAUAUUUCCCUACAGACGUUUCCUCCCGUCGGCGUGUCCUCUGAAUCUACUGAAGCCAAUCAGCAAGCCAGAGUUUGAUGGGAAAAAUGCUAAUAUGGAGCUAAAAUGGAAAGAAAGGAUCUACGAGUUGCGUGGUACAACUACACCCAAACCACGAUAUGUGUCGAAGCCAACUCUGGAUACGGAGCAGAUGAUUGUGAAGAUUUCUGCCGAUCAUUGGAAGGAGAUUCUAGGAGCAGUUAAGGCACAGAACAUCGAUGUGAUCCAGAGGGCUGUCAAGGCCGCAGACGAGGAACAACAACUUACAAAACAAGAAAAAUCGAGAAAACAGAAGCAGCGACGCCUACCUGAGAAUCAGGACCUUCCUGUUGAAGAAGUCACCUGCGAAACUUUAGAUGUAAGAAAACCCUCGCUUUUCGUAAAUUUCCAGAGAAGCUUCAAGCGAGGCGAUGUGUUGAAGGUCCAGCUUAAUGCAACGAUUCAGAGGGGAAUACUGUCACCUUGUGUGCAGCUCUUCUUUCUCACCCCGAAGCUGAGCCUUUGCGCGGAACAUCGAGGGAAUGCAGUCGAAUGCUUUUCCAAAGAGGCAGCACGUCGCCCUCCUACAAAUAUAGGCAGUGUUGAACAAUACCAGGCCGUAUGGCUGCCAAUCAUUCAGAUGGUCUCAGCCUACAGCGCUGUUGUGAGUGAUGAAAGCUGCGUGAUCCAUGACGUAGAUGUCGAAUGGCAUUGCACCGAAACAGACGACCAAGAACGAAAUUACAAAGGGGCUUUUAUGAUCAAGCAAACUUUCUGCAGUGAUCGGAGUUUUGGCAUGCACCAGGGUGACUACCUUUGUAUGCGCUACAGGGACGUACCUCUGUCUUCCGAGGCACAGAAUAAGCUCCGCGAACUUGGUACCACCUCCACAUCCAGUCAAAGUCACAUCCAGUCAUCCAAGACUACGUUCGUUGCCCAUGCAGUCAUUACGUCCGUUGUGGACAUAAACAAGAAAACCGACGCGUGGACGAUCCAAGUUAAAGUUGGAGUUAAUCAACAUUCGGCCCCUUUUCCAGAUGUGUUGUUCAAAGAGAAUAAGAAAGUACCAACAUGUACUAUCGAGUUGAUACCGAAGGCUAACACAGACAUCCGCCUUGAGUCUGCAGUAAGACAUCUGCACAACGCGAAGGAGCUGGUCAAAGGAAUAUGCAUGCACCAAAUACCUGCUGUCAGCGGCACAGAUCCGAUCAUCAGAAAGGUUCUCGAGGAAGGUAGAAAGAUCGACGAUUUCUCCAUCACAGGAUCACCACUUCCCAAACCUAGUGAAUCACAACAGACUGCCUUGAAGAAGGCUCUGCGGCAACAAUUCACAGUCAUUCAAGGACCUCCAGGUACGGGCAAGACAGUGACCGGUGUCCAUCUUACAUAUUUCUUCGGUGAAGUUAACAAGCAGCUUUCUGCCGUGGGAAGAGGACCACAAGUUCUCUACUGCGGACCAUCCAACAAAUCUGUAGAUGUCGUUGCCCAUUACAUGCUACGACUGAACAUAGCAGCAGUUCGGGUCUACAACAACAUGAUGGAACAGCAGGACUAUCCCAUUCUUGGACAGUCAGGAAGAGCAUCGAAGGCUGGAAGCACCAAAGAAACCAAAGUGGAUCCUCAUCUGAGGCAAAUCUCACUCCAUCAUCUCAUCCGGCAGCCAUCCAACCGACACAGUGGGGAAAUCUUGGCCCUUGAGCAGACAUUCCAGAGUCCAGGAUACAAGAUUUCAUUCCGUGAACAAAACAAGUACAAGAGAGCCAUUCACGAAGCUGAGGCUGAAGAACUCAAGAAAUGUAAGGUGGUCUUGUGUACAUGCAAUGAGGCUGGGAGCAUACGGAUACAGAGAAAUGUGAAUGCCAUACAGUGUAUCGUGGAUGAGGCUGGCAUGUGCAACGAGCCAGAGACUCUGAUACCACUGGUUGGCACUAUCGAAGAAUCGGAAGACCAACCCGUUACACGCAAGAAGGAUGUAAGACAGGAACCACGCCAAAUUGUCUUGAUCGGUGACCACAAACAACUCAGACCUAUCAUUCAGGAGACGACUGCCGUGCAGCUAGGCAUGGAGACAUCACUGCUAGAGAAAUACGGAAAGGAGGCCACGAUGCUUACCAUUCAGUAUCGCAUGCACGAAUCAAUAUGUGCCUUUCCAUCAGAGGUGUUUUACCAAGGGAAGCUGGUAACGGCAGACAUUGUGAGACGGCGGCCCCAGCAGCUGAAUAAGACAUGGCCCGGUGGGCGGGGCAACCCCCUCGUGUUUUGUCAUCACAUUGGAAGCGAGGAUAAGCAAAGUGUCAGGACCGAGGAGGGUGGGGAACACUCACAGGCUAACCCUCAAGAGGUCACACACGUGGUACGUAAAGACUUGAAGUAG